GCGGCCCGGCCAUGGUCGGGGGCCACCGUGCCGGGUUCGGCGUUGCCCUGUCGGCGCUGGUCCUGUCCCUCUGCGCGCGGGGCGGGCGCGGGCGGGCGCUGGAGUGGUACUCGGCCUUCGUCAGCACCGAGUACACGGACCCGCUGACCAACGCCACGGUGCGCAGCGGCGGCGGGCAGGGGCGGGGGCGGGGCCGGGGUCCGGACCCGGGCGGUCGCUAUGGGAACAGCUCCCCCAAGGAGGGCCUGCAGGGCCUGGUGGGCAUCCCGCGCUCGGCCGGCCGCGCCCCGGAGGGCUGCGGGCGGGACACGCGGUACUACGUGCCCCCCGUGGGCGGGCCCGACGCCGCCGGCCCGGAGCCCUGGAUCGCCCUGGUGGCCCGCGGCGGCUGCACCUUCCGGGACAAGGUCCUCAACGCCGCCAGGAGGAACGCCUCGGCCGUCGUCAUCUACAACCAGUUCCGCUACGGAAACGCCACCAGCUCCAUGUCCCACCACGGGACAGGAAAUACCGUGGUAAUCAUGGUUGGCUAUCCCAAAGGAAUAGAAAUUUUGGAGCCAGUGCGAAGAGGCAUUCCUGUAAAAAUGACCAUAGAAGUCGGCAUGCGGCAUGUACCAGAGUUCAUAAUUGGUCAGUCAGUUGUAUUUGUAGCUAUUGCCUUCAUCACAAUGAUGAUCAUAUCGCUAGCGUGGCUGAUAUUUUACUAUGUACAGCGUUUCCUGUAUACUGGAUCACAGUUUGGAAGUCAGAGCUAUAGAAAAGAGACAAAGAAAGCCAUAGGUCAGCUACAACUGUAUACCGUGAAACGUGAAGAUAAGGAAAUUGAUAUUGAUGCGGAAAACUGUGCAGUGUGCAUUGAAAACUAUAAACCAAAGGAUGUUGUUCGAAUUCUGCCAUGCAAGCAUAUUUUUCAUCGGACGUGCAUUGACCCAUGGCUUUUGGAUCACAGAACUUGUCCAAUGUGUAAACUGGAUGUCAUCAAAUCUCUGGGAUACUGGGGAGGUAUUGAGGACACACAGGAAAUAGCAGUUCCAGAUUCCAACCCUAGUACUGUUUCUGUUGUGAAUUUGAGUAUCACCUUACAAGAUGAAGAUAGAAAUGAAAUAAGUGAUAUGCCGUCGUCAUCUACUAGUGAAUCUGUGCCACAGUGUAUCAGUUUUAAAGAAGAUGCAGGUGAAAGCACAGCAUUACUUGACACUGAGGGGCGUGAAGGUUCACGUGGAGAGCCCACCUCCUAAUGGGAAUUCCCAAAGAGCAGCUUCACAGAAGAGGCUACGGACUGCACUGGAGACCAUUUUAUUUUUUUAAUCUUAAUAUGUGUUUGGAAAAUAAUGGACAUUCUUACCUUCAGACUUUUCUUGUUCUUAUGCUGAAAGGGCUAAUGACGAAGAUUUUUAUGGAAAGGAUGUUUUUAUUGAGUUAUCACGUGUUGACAUACUAAAACUGAAAUAAUAAUGUCGAGAGAAUUUUGUAAUGGCAGACCAUUAGAGAAAUGAAGACAGGAAAAGCAGUGUAAAUACUAGCGCCAGCAUUUGUAAUAAAUACCAGAAUAGUUAUGAAAGUGCAAUAAGAAAUUAAUUAUUUUUAUUAAAAUGGAAUGGAGAUGGCCACCUUGCGUGCUGUACUUUGUAUAGCUUGACAGUGGCUUUCUGUAUUAAAUAUAAAUAUGUUGACUAACUAUGUAGUCUAUCCCUGGAGGAAAGACUCUUUGGGUGUUUAGCACGUGUACAAAACCGAGUUUUCCAACAUUAUUGCAUAUACAUGUGCAGUUUAUGUAAAGUUUAAAUAGAUAGUGUUUAUUUUGGGGUUUACUACUGAGCUUGGGAAACUGAGUCUAAAUUUGCAUUUUCCCCAUGGUUAUUUGCGUUUACGUUAAUGAUCCCCCCUUUUGUCAGGGAAAAUCAGUUCACAUGGAAUAUUUCCACAAAUGGGGAGUGAGGGGGGAUGUUUCCUCCCCUCCAACCUCUCAACCUCCCUCCUCCCUGCCCCCUUUCUGGGUUUUCUGCCCCAUGAAAUCCUCAGAUUGGGUUAUGUACAUUGUAAAUCCAAGCCACACAUACCAAUUUAACUUUGCUACCUCUGUUUUAAGCUUGGGAGAUAUUUAGGCAACAAAAUAUUUGACGAAAAUGUUUUCUCUUAGGAGGGAAGAGAUCAGUAAAGGAGCAUAUUCUUGUGGCUUUUUUCAUUAGACCAAAUUGUAUAGUGUUUAGUCUUUUAAGAAAGUAAUUACUUUAAAUGUACACUAUCUAGGCUUAUUUAAUAGCAUUGUGCCUUAGUUUUUUGAGGAAAGCGUAUUAACACUGGUACUGUGUGACUGCUUGAUCUCUACAAGUAUUUUCUGUAGGUGAUGGCAAAAACGCACUUAAGAUGACAUACCCAGCUUAUUGCAAAUGUUUGUGAAAAUGAUUGUCUCCUAAAUAGUGCUAGUUAUCCAAAUUGAGCCUUUAUAUGAGCUUGUUUUUUACAAAGCAUCUAACGAUAAAAAUAUAGUUUAUUGAACUUGGCUUCCAAACCAUAUGCAUUUUAGAAGAUUCUUUACUGAUAGAGAAACUUAUGUCAAAAUGUUCCAGAUGUAUUCGCUAAAUAUUUUGCUCCUUUGGAACAUCUGCUUCAUGAAAACAAGCAAUAGAUUCUUAGGGUAAAUUUUUACUGUUCCUUCUCUUUUUGGAGGAUACAUUCUUUCCAAGCUUUACAAUCAAGUCGGUGGAAGUUUUCAACGUGGCCUGGUGGAAAGAGCACAGGCCUAGGAGUCAGAGGACCUUGGUUCUAAUCCUGACUCUGCCACUUUCUGCUGUGUAACCAUGGGCAAGUCACUUAACUUCUCUGUGCCUCAGUUUCCUCAUCUGUAAAAUCAGGAUUAAAUCCUCUUUCCUACUUAGACUGUGAGCUCCAUAUUGGACGGGGAGUGUGUCCAACCUGAUUAUCUUGUACCUUCUCCAGUGCUUAAAUGAAUACCAUUAUUAUGAUGAUUAUUAUUAUUAUGUCUGUGGAGUAUAUUUUCCUUGCUGUGUGCAUUGUCUGUAGAAGAGAUUUACUAGUAGUCCUUCCCAGAAUAUCUUUUAUUAGCAGCAGACCUUCAGAGAACAAGAAAUUGCCUGUCCAGGUCACAAUUCAGAAAUAUCAAGAGGAUCGAUCACAACAACUCGUAGCUCAAUU